AUGCCAGAACCAGCACAAAUCAAUCGCUCUCUAAGCACGAUCCGGACUGAACUCGAGUUCUUGCAAGCUAGCAAUGUGUUGUCACCGCCUCAGAUGCAGAGUAUCUUGGCUCAAUUACCUCAAAACGGCGCCCCAUCCACCUACAUCGACCCACGCUACAAUCCGCAGAAACAACUCGACCCCGCUCAGAUAAGCCAGCAGGCGCAAGAUCCUAAUCACCCGGCUCACCCCGCCAACCCUAAACAUCACGAGUGGGCUACGGGCAUGGCGAAGCGGUUUGGCAAUGCGGCGGUUUUUGGCGCGGGUGCGACGUUUGGCGGGGAUAUGAUUAAUGAUGCUUUGCGGAAGUUUUAG